GUUUGUUUCCGAAAAGUGAACGUUUCACGAGUCAACAGCAACGUCUUUCGAGAAGUUCUAGGCUCUGUUUGCGACAUUUUUCUUUCUAUUAUCCGUCAUCCAAUGUUUUAUGUGAUGAAAUAACACGUCGUUUAGCGAUCAGUAUCGAUAUCCGUGUUAAUAGUCGUAAUUAAGUAAUCGCUAGAUUACGAUAUAAGCUAAUAUGGGCGACGAAAGCCACCCGAAAACUCUCUACGUCGGUAAUUUGGACCCGGGUGUAACAGAAGUAUUUAUAUGUACUUUAUUCGGACAAAUAGGCGAAGUAAAAGGUUGUAAGAUUAUACGAGAACCGGGCAACGAUCCAUAUGCCUUCUUGGAGUUCACGAGUCACACGGCGGCGGCAACAGCGCUGGCCGCCAUGAACAAGCGAGUGGUCCUCGACAAGGAAAUGAAGGUUAACUGGGCGACGAGUCCCGGGAACCAACCGAAGACGGACACUAGCAAUCACCACCACAUAUUCGUGGGCGACCUGUCGCCCGAGAUCGAGACGCACAUCCUGCGCGACGCCUUCGCUCCCUUUGGUGAGAUAUCGAACUGUCGGAUAGUCCGCGACCCACAAACGCUCAAGUCUAAAGGGUACGCAUUCGUAUCGUUCGUUAAGAAGGCUGACGCAGAGGCCGCCAUCCAGGCGAUGAAUGGACAGUGGCUAGGCUCCCGCUCCAUACGCACCAACUGGUCAACGCGCAAACCGCCCACAAAAGGCGCUAACGACGGUGCGCCGAGCAGCAAGAGAGCAAAACAGCCCACAUUUGACGAGGUGUACAACCAGAGCUCACCCACAAACACCACAGUGUACUGUGGCGGAUUCACAAGCAAUGUUAUCACCGAGGACCUAAUGCAGAACACAUUCUCACAGUUUGGUCAGAUACAGGACAUACGAGUGUUCAGGGACAAAGGAUAUGCAUUCAUUAGGUUUACAACAAAAGAAGCAGCCGCUCACGCUAUAGAAGCCACACACAACACAGAAAUUAGCGGGCACACAGUGAAAUGUUUCUGGGGGAAAGAGAAUGGAGGCGGCGAGAACCAGGUUCGACACGCUGCUGAUGUGAACUCCGCGGUCCCCGACCAGAGUUCAAAUGCUGCGUCAGCGCCACCGCCCUCGAUGGGGGCGCAGACCCAAUACCCCUACCCGUACCAACAAGGAAUGGGAUACUGGUACGCUCAGGGCUACCCGGCGCUACAAGGUUACAUGGCGCCCGGCUACUACCAGCAGUACGCGGCCGCCUAUAGCAAUCCCCAAGCUGCAGCGGCAGCGGGGUACCGCAUGAGCAUGGGCGGCGGCGGCGCGGGCGGCGCGGCGGGCGCGGGGUGGGGCGGCGCGCCGCAGCCGCUCAUGUACGCGUCCGCCAUGCCCUCGGCGCAGUACCCCUCGCAGUAGCGCCGCACCCCGCUCCACCGCCGCCGCUCCACCGCCGCCACCUAGCCGACUCCGGUUCAGACUGACACACCAUCCACGGGGAACGGUUCUCAUUUAUUCCACAUUAUCGCCGCGGUCGUUGGUUUCCUGACGCCGUAACGCUUCACGAAUGACUACGCGCGUCCGCUCACGGCGCGACUGUACAUAAACAUUGAACAGGCCUUGUCCGGUUGCCUUGUUGUCUUUUAUACGAUAACAAUUCAUUGUCAUGAAGCUAUGAUAGAUAGCGUAAUACAAAACAGACUGAUCUUGCCAAAGUAAGCAGAUUCAUCUCGACGAAUGACUAGCGUCACAUUAACUUUUUCAUUAUUUAUACGGAGCUAGAAUGCGACUGUCAGAAAACCAACGCAGCAGUAGGGCGGUGUGACAUCACAAUGUAAUCGAGUCUUAUAAUAUGUCGAGUAUGGCCAGCAGACGUUUUGUACAAAUGUGCGAGCUGUACUCGUGGCGGGCGCCGGGAGCGAGCGGCGGGCUCUGGUCGGCGACUCGACGCCCGUCGCUCUCUCCCUCGCGAAUUCCGCCCAAUUCCAAAUUACCAAGUGGGAAUCGGCGCCAAGUAAUAUCCGCGAACACGACUCGGUGACUCUAGGGUCAGUCGACCGACAUAGAUAGGAAGUAACGAAAUAAAUUAUAAAUUUGUAAGAAAAGUUAUAUAUAUUGGGGAUCCGCGAGUGUCGAUGUGUAUCGACUCUUCGGCGGCUGCAGACCGGGACUCGACGGCAGCAGACUGCAGGCUGCAGGGCAGGCACGGCUCGACGCGGCACACCCGAGACUCCGCCAGACGCGCCAGACGGUUUUGACCUAUUUAUAUUAAGUUCGGCACAUGUUGUUUUGUUUGACCUGAAUUGUUAUGAUUUAUUGUAUGGAAACACUGGUAAGUCAAUAAAGCAGUGGGUCUGGGACACCGGGUGUUUGAUUUGCCGUCUAGAUCUAGAUUAUAUUAUUAUGGAAAACUUACUGACUUAAGUUUCUGGGUCCAAAUUUCUAAGUCGACCGCUCCCGGUCUUCUGUGAUUGAUCUACGCGUAGAAGCAUUCGGAUGACGAGAAAAAUUAUUGUAAAUUCUUAAUUAAAGGUCAUUUUGUAAAAGGAGAAAUAAAUAAUUUAAGUUUACAAA